AUGUCAACUUCUGAUAGAGACGAUGAUAGUAAUGAUGAAUUCGAAAGUGCCGAUGAAGGUGAACCAACAACUCCUCCAAUAACUAAAUCUGAAACUUCACUACCGCUGCCAACGGCAAAACCUGCAACUCCACCGCCUCCUCCAGUUAUUAGACCUGCAACUCCACCGCCUCCUCCAGUUAUUAGACCUGCAACUCCACCACCUCCUCCAGUUAUUAGACAUCCAACUACACCUCCAGUGUCUAAACCUGCAAGUCCACCACCUCUUCCAGCAAGUAAAUCUGUAACUCCACCUCCUCUUUCAAUAACUAAAGUUGCAACUCCACCUUCUGCAAUUACAUUUGCAAGUUCUCCUAAAAAGAUGGAUCCAUCAUCCUCAUCCACGGUAGCUAAACCUCUAAUUCUCCCUCCUGCAUUGUCUCCAUCUGAUCCAAAACCAUCAUUGGCCAGUGACAAUCAAGUUCAAUCAAGACCUGAUUCACCAAUAGUAACUGAUGGUUGGGAUGAUUGGAAUAUUGAUGAUGAACAACCAAUUGAAACUUCAAUAAAAAUUUCCAAAACAUUAAACCAAGAUUCUAUAUCAUCUCAUUCAUCGACACCUUCAAAAGUAGGUGAUAAUUUAUCGCUAGUUGGUUCUGAUGAAGAUGAUCAAUCUGAAUCAUUCGAUCAACUACAUGUACAACGGAAAAAAUAUCAUAAAGAACAAGCGGACUUAAAUUUAAACAAAGAAGAUAAUAAAUUACACACUCAAGUAUCCACUUCAAAUGAGCAGCAGCAUCAAGAAACAUCGUCAUCAAUAAAAGCAACCAAAAAACAUGAGCAUGAUGUCAAAGAUGCACAUCGUAUUCUAGACCAACUUGCUGAACAAACACCAAAAAAUGCAUCAACUUGGCAUAAUCCAUGGAGUAAUUUUGGAUCAUUAUUAUCAACAGCUAAACAAAGUGUUUCAACAUUAACAAACACAGUUAGUGAAGGUUUUAGUGCUGUUAUUGAGUCGGUUGAAGCUGGUCUUGGUGCGCCGGAUCCACAAAAAUUAGCCGAAAUGAAUCAAAUGGCGUUUAAAAUUAAAGGCGAAACGUCGGAUAGUGAAGAUGAACCUGAAGUAACAACCAAUGAGACAGAAAACGAUGAUUUCGUUACAAAUCAAGAUGGUUGGCUUAAUGCUUUAAGUAUAGGGAAACUAACAAAUACCGGUAUGAAAGUUGUUGCUGGUAGUUUAGAUGUUCUUGAAACUGUUGGUAAAAAAACAUUUGAUGUAAUUAACGAAGCUGAUCCUGCACUAAAAGGAACACGAGGUUUAUUAAGAAAACAAAAUCAACCUACAUUAUCUGAAAUAAUUCGUGAAGCAGAAACAAAAACAAAAACAAAAACAACUACAACAAAAAUUGAAGCGACGACAUUUUUACAAUUAUUUGAAAAGCAUCAAGGUCUUGCACAUUUUGAAGCACUGGAAUUAUUAUCAAAUCAAUCAUCAAUUACUUUACAAACAAUGAGUCAUGGAAACGAAAAAUUUCUUGAACAAAUCAAUCAUUAUUUUCUAUUAGAAGAUGAUGAUGAUGAUCAAGAAAUAAAUAAUGCAUUAGAUUCAUCAAUAGUCUACGACAGUAACGAUAAUAAUCGUAUACCAAGCUUAGAAAUUGUAUCACAAAAAUUUACUACCUAUCAAACACAAUUACGGUCAACAGUAUCAGUGGAUAAAUUACUUGAAGUUUAUGAAUCAGCUAAUCAAUUUCUUACUGAAUGGGAUUGGAGUGAUACUGAACUUGAUCAAAAAACAUUAUCUGAUGAAGCUAUUGAUUCUUUGGCUAUAUUAUGUGCGCGGAUUAUUGAAUAUUAUCGUAAAACAGCUGAGUUAUUUUUAAUGGGUUGUAAAAGUUUAACAUCAUUUUCAAUCGAUAUCGAAUUAUUAGCUAUUUAUGAGAAACAACAAAAAGAUUUUUCAAAUAUGCUUGCCGGUAUACCAAAUUUAUUUGCUAAAUAUAUGAAACAAGCAUCAAGUGGCGCUGAUAUGCCAAUAAGAUGUGAUAUUAAAUUGAAGCAAAAACUUUUAAAUCAAAUGUUUAUUCAAUCAUCAAGUUCACAAACCUAUGCUUUCGAUGCUUACGCUUUACUUAAACCUAUUGUUAGUCAAUCAAUUUUAUAUCAUACAUCAACAACAAGAUAG